GCUAUAGAGUGGGAACUCUGGGAGGUAGAGGUCCGGAAUCAAGGCGACGGGGCGAGACGGGGCGAGACGGGGCCGGUAGGUGGCAGGAGGGGGCCGGGCCGGAGCCGGCGGAAGGGCCAGGCCCCGAGGCCCCCGCCCUGGCUAGCCCGCCCCGGCCGCGGAGGAGAAAACGGAGGAUGAUCUCCAGAUACACUCGGAAGGCCGUGCCACAGUGUGUGGAGCUGAAAGGAAGAACAAAGCACGCGCUUAACCAUCAUCCCCUUCCAGAGCAACUGGAUGACAUUUCCUCUACCAAUGACAGCCACGAAAAAGAUACGAGUACUCAAAGUGAGUCUGACAUCACCCAGGAAUCACCUUUUACAUCAACCGACACCGGGAAUUCGCAUUCUGCUUUUCCAAGCUAUGCAGGCACGGGGAUCUCUACAGAAGGCAGCUCUGACUUCUCCUGGGGAUAUGGUGAACUUGACCAGAAUGCCACUGAGAAGGUGCAGGCAAUGUUCACAGCCAUUGACGAACUCCUGUAUGAGCAGAAGCUGAGUGUGCACACACAGAGUCUUCAGAGAGAGUGCCAGCAGUGGGCGUCGAGCUUUCCUCACCUCAGGAUUCUAGGUAGGCAGAUGAUCACUCCCUGUGAAGGCUAUGGAUUGUACCCUAGAUCACCUUCUGCUGUGUCAGCUUCACAUGACUCAACCUUGUCUCAAGAGAGAGACUCUACCAUAUUUGGUAUAAGGGGAAAGAAGUUACAUUUUUCAUCUUAUGCUCAUAAAGCAUGUCUCUCCAUCAAACCCUCUGGCUUGUCUGCUGUGGAAGGGGAAGAGGUGGACUGUAUAAUCUUUUCUGAAGGAAUAAUCGAGGAGUACCUAGCUUUCGACCACACGGAUAUGGAAGAGGGAUUUCAUGGAAACAAAUCAGAAGCAGCUACAGAGAAACAGAAAUUAGGGUACCCUCCCAUUGCUCCAUUUUACUGCAUGAAAGAGGAUGUCCUUGCUUAUGUUUUUGACAACGUGUGGAGCAAGGUUGUGGGCUGUAUGGAGCAGUUGACACGUAGUCACUGGGAGGGAUUUGCUUCUGAUGAUGAGAGUAACAUUGAAAUUGCCAGAAUGGAUUCUGGAAGUCCCUGUAUGCUGAACGAACAGCAUCCUUUGGUCUUACCUCGAGUGCCACAGUCCAAGGUGCUGUCCAUCACCUCAAAUCCGAUGAGUUUCUGUCAAGCAAGUGGUCACCAGCCGAACGUGAAUGGCCUCUUGGUUCAUGGGAUGCCUCUGCAGCCAAGGAACCUCUCCCUGAUGGAUAAGCUCCUAGAUAUUGAUGACAAGCUACUUAUGAGGCCUGGCUCCAGUUCCGUGCUUUCAAACCGAAAUUGGCCAAACCGAGCCCUGGAGCUUAGUACGUCAUCUUUGUCAUAUACAGCACAGUCCGCCAGGAGACGCAACCCCCCACCCCGCACCCUUCACCCGAUCAGCACAAGCCACUCACGAGCCGGGACGCCAUGGCCUGCAGAAGAAAUCCUCAGAGGAUCCCGAGGUCCAGUGACUGCAGACACACUCUCUUCUCCCUCAUCAAUGCCCCUGGGUCGGAACAAUCUGCUGCCACCUAUUGGAACAGCUGAAGUGGAACAUCUGAGCACCUUGGGGCCACAACGGCCAUCAAAGUCCCACGGUGACUCCAGCAGAGCUCGAAGCGCAGUGGUGGACGAGCCCAACCAGCAGCCCCAAGAGAGGCUCCUUUUACCUGUCUUCUCUAGACCCAACACAACUCAGUCAUUUUUGCCAGACACACAGUACCGAAACUCCUGUGCAUCUGAGUUUCCUCACCAGGCCCGACCUGGCAGGGGUUCUGCAGAGAACCCAAGGUUCCCGGCACCCAUGUCAGGCAACUCACAACCACCUGUGAGUCCAGAUCCCAGAGAUCAGACUCCCUCUUCCUGCCCCCACAAGUACCUGCACAAAUGUGGCACACACUCACAGGUCCUCAGUUACAUGGGUCUACAAAACCUCAAAGCAGAGGUGGACCCAUCUCUAGAAGCAGGCAGUGACCAUGGGGCAGGUGAGAACCCGCAAGGCUGCAGCAGACUGCAAAUUCACGGAGGGUUUCAUGCACCAGCGCUCAGGCACCAAAUGAUGCAAAGCUCCUACAAACAGCAGCUUGGUCCAUCUUCAAGAGUUAUCUCGGUACAACUGUCUGAGAUACACUAGAGUAUCUGCCAAAGACUGCGUGGGCAACUGUUCUAUGUCCAGUUACUGUCUUCUUUCAGCUAUUCUACUGGGCAGUAAAGAUUGUACCCAAAAGAUGUGACAAUGAAAAACACCCCAAAUCACUGCUCAUGUUGUCUAUAACCAAUCACCAGUUCGAUUCUUGUACAAUUCAGCGAGAUUACAUACAUACACACAGAUGAUUGAGAUCACUGGCUUCAGAAUAUUUCUGCUUAUAUAAUUUCUGGAGAACUGCACUGUUUUAACAUAUUUUUAGAAGAAAGUGCUGCCAAAAAUCUGAGAUACUCAUCAAAUAAAUGUCAUUCCUAAACUUUAA